AUGGUGCAAGUAUCGCGACGGGAGCGUAAGAGUUACUAUUUUAAGAAAUUCUCCAAAAUGCUGCACCAGUAUGAUCGCUGCUUCGUUGUCUGCGCUGAUAACGUGCGAUCAAAGCAAAUGCAGCAAAUCCGUUCCGCUCUCCGAGGUGUAGCCGAAAUUAUCUUCGGUAAAAAUACCCAAAUGAAAAAGGUCAUUCAAAACCAACUCCAGCGCGAUUCACGUUUGGAGAAGCUGCUUCCCCUUCUAAAGGAGAAUGUUGGCCUCGUCUUCACUAUGCGUGAUCUCGGAGAGGUUCGUAAAGCCCUUGAGAGCAACAGGCUUGAAGCUCCUGCAAAAGCUGGAACUAUUGCCCCAUGUGAUGUCACUGUACCAGCUCAAAACACUGGCCUUGGUCCUGAGAAGACUAGCUUCUUCCAGGCUCUGAACAUCCAGACCAAGAUUACCCGUGGUACUAUUGAAAUCAUUAGUGACGUUCCAAUUAUAAAACGGGGUCAAAAAGUCGGUCAAAGCGAGGCUGCUCUGUUGAAGAUGCUUAAAAUUAACCCCUUUACUUAUGGCCUUCAGAUUCGACAGGUCUUUGAUCAGGGAUCGGUAUAUAGCGCCGAUGUCUUAGAUGUAACUACAGACCAGAUACUUGAAAAGCUCGUCCGUAUUACCAACAACGUAACCGCCAUUAGCUUGGGCAUUGGUUAUCCAACAUUUACAAGUGUUGGACAUAUGAUUGCCGAUGGCUUCAAGAACCUUCUAGCCAUUUCCGUCGCUAGUGAUUACACUUUUAAGGAGUCUGAGCAGGUCAAAGAGUUUUUGGCUGAUCCAAGCAAGUUCGUUUCUGCUGCUCCUGUGGCAGCUGAAUCUGCUGCUCCCACUGCUGCUGCUGAGUCCACGCAGGCUGUAGAAGAAACAAAGAAGGAGGAAUCUGAAAGUGAAGAAUCUGAUGAUAAUAUGGGUUUCUCUCUUUUCGAUUAG